ACAGUGGAGAUGCCGGUGCCAAACAGUUCUUUGUGGCCUCUUCAUUGAAAAGCAGUUUAUGCCCGGUUUAUUAUUAAUACGGUAACUUAACUGACAUUAUUUCUUAAUGGUAAUUUGCUAGUAAUUUCAUAAAAAUAUCACUACCCUGAAAGUGUAUUUCAUUGGCGGAUUGAUAAACGUCCCAUUUGCCUUUGUCGCCUGUGCAGCUGCUGGGGAAUAAAAUACAUAAAUAGUAAUCUUUCUCCAAAAUCGCUACCGAGUAAACUGAAGAAUGGACUGCAGGAUAAUCUUUAUUUCGCUACUGAUCGGCUGGAUACAGCAUCCGUAUUACGUCAGAGCGUCCAAACUUCCUUCAGAUUGGCGCAAUCUGAUCGAUCCCUCUGUUGCGGCGCCCUUCAAUGCCUCAUCAGCCGGUGAUAUUAUCUCCGAACCGGACAGUCCGGGUGCUUUCGGGAUCUACGCCGCUCAGACCGGGCAGAUGCAGGCGUAUAAUUACUGGCCGACACCCAAUGCCAUCCCUUAUGUAAUUUAUUCCGGAUUCGAUUUCACCAGUCGCCGUCUGAUCGAAACCGCCAUGCGUACCAUCGAGCGCCGGACAUUUUCGUGUGUGGCAUUUAAGGAACGCACAGAUGAAGAGGAAUAUAUUUCGUUGUAUCCCGGACGUUGUUGCGAAGCUGAUAUCGGCCGCGUUCCCGGCUACCCCACCCGCAUCCGCCUGGCACCCUUCUGCAUGACCCCCGGCGUCAUCCAACACGAACUCCUCCACGCCCUGGGCCUCUUCCACGAGCAGAACCGACCGGAUCGCGACGACCACAUAGCCAUCUACACUGACCACAUCCAGCCAGGUCGCUACGACCCCAACUUCGUCAAACUACCGCAUCUGCCCACCCACGGGACGCAGUACGACCUCCUAUCCCUCAUGCACUACGGACCGUUCGAUUUCGCCGUCUCACAAGGUACCCCGGUCAUCCUCCCGAAAACCGGGACCCGGAAACCCAUUAAGAUGGGACAACGCGAGGGACUCAGCAUCCUUGAUGUCGCCAAACUGCAGAUCGCGUACAACUGCGCCCUCCAAGAUCUCCCAUCGGAUUCUUCAACAGCGACGUGUUCCAGCGUAAUCCCGGAACCCUUUCCCAAGUUCUCCACGCAACGGAUGACCGCUGCCCAGUGCCGUGCGCAGUUCUCGGCUAAUUGUCGCAACGCGGAAACGACGAAGGACUCCUGCAUGUCGCAAAAGGCGUUGUCCAUCUCCUGCACACCCAACGCCACCGCAACUGAAGUGCGCACCAUCGCCACGGGUCUCGCCAACGGUCUCCUGCGGGCGGUGGCCGUGGUCGUUCACGACGGUCGCCAAACCGUCGCCAGCAAUUUCCAGCCAAUCAGAAAACAGGUCGUCGUACUGGAGAUACUGCACUGUCGCCGCUCGCGCACCACGGGGCAGUUAUCAGACCUAAACUUCCCGUUUCUUCUGGAAUUUGCUUUGACAUCCUGCAGCCAACUGGACAUUCAGCGUGGUGAUUUCCGCGUCAACCGCUGGCUGCGGAUGAUCACCCUGGAGAACUCGACGAUCCGGACGAUGGAGGAAGACACGUUCAGCGACCUGCCGGCACUGCGAUUACUAGCGCUGGAGUUCUCCGUGGAUAUGAUGACGGAGUUCCGUGCCGAGACGCAGGAGUAUAUACGGCGCCUGCACUGUGACUGCCGGUGGGCGUGGUUUCGGCGCUGGUGGCGGAAUAACCUAGCGCUAUUGCGCAACGCUAGCGACAGUGAGAUCUACCGUAUCCCGGGGUCUUUCGGCAAUGUGGAGAUUCCCAAAGAGGCGAUCUACGUCCCGAUUAACUGCGCGGCCCAACCGUUUCCCAGUAGUCCCAAGCAGAUUAAUUUCACAAGGGUGGAGUAUUCCAUCAAUGAUAAAUGUGACUGAGGUCUGAGAAGAUUGUGUACUAUUGCGACUCAGCGCAAUCAUUUAUAAACGCAUUUAAAGAGAACUAUGAUGCAAGUGCUAAACACACUGCACGACAUACUUCUUCUUCCAUGUUAUUCAUGGAAUUCUUUAAUGUAUCCUGCUCAUCCCCGAACCAUGUCCUGCUUGUUCUUAACGUACUUAGCGUGUGCACUGUAUUCAUUAGUGUUUCUCGGAUGCAGUAAAUAGAAAGUAUUAUUGGUGUUUUAUUCUGCUGGUGUCGGAUAAUUAUAAAGAUAAAUCCUUUAUUGUUCACAAAGUUCUCCAU